AUGGAUGAAGAUGAAACCGCUCUAAGCCAAAUGACUGAGGAGCUCGCCGAAGAACUUCCUGAUUGGGGCGGAUUGAAUAAAAGAUUCGCUGCGCUAAAUCUAGCCGAUGAGACAAUUCCAAGGAGAUCAGAGAAGGAUUUCGACAUCGAUCAUACGGGCGUUCAGAGCUCAGCUUUAUCUGAGGCUCGUAAACAAAUGUUCAGUGCUCUCGACCACAUAAGAGGACACCAUGAAAAGCAAAAAUUGGUUGGUGUGUGGAUGCAUCCUAGAAAGCAGUGCUUGGUGCCUCAUGCCAAAGGUAACUUCUUCAGAGACAUGGGCAACCCCAGCCCUUCCUCAACAAACCCAGACUCCAAGGAUAUUGGCUUCUGGCAAUCGAAACGCAGUGAAUUUGAAACAUUUUUGGCCUCAGACGAGCAAGUCUACGACUAUUCGACUCUUAAACAGAUUUCAUUGAGUCAUUUGUAUAGUCUAGCAUUUGAAAAUUCGCCAGAUACACAUGACAAAUACCAGGUCUACGCCCUUUUGAAGCGAUUGGGCUAUCUAAUACGACCAUAUCAGUCAAGCAAAUGGCCUGAUGUCGUCAACUGCCAGAAUAACGAGCAUUCUUUACUAGCAUUUUUCCAAAGAUCCAUUACUUCUGUUGGGUAUUGGUUCAGAUCACAAACUUCACGUGAAAGCAUUAGAUCGCUGCACUUCCUAAGCUAUACUGACAUGUUCUCACAACUCCAAUAUAUAUCGGCUCGACUGGACUUUGACGACAUUGAUACUAUCAAACAGAACCCUAAAUAUUCAUUGCACUUCGACGUUUGGAAGCCGACUGGCAAUUUCAGCAAGAAGACCGCAACGAGUCCAGAUUAUCAGGUAUGUGUCGUGAAUACCUUGGAAAAGGGUUUCCCUUCUCUCGUCGACAUCACGAGUCUUUGGCAAACAUCUCGCAUGAAAGACUCUUCAGCUUUGCCCACGAAGAAAACAAAGCCUGCUAAGACCAACAAGGGUGUGUCAGUCUCGAAGAAAGAGAUGAGGGCUGAAAAAGCAGCAGAGCGAAGGAGGAAGAUGGACCCAAAGACUCUUGCUCAACAAGAGUACAACCAAUGGCUCUAG